AUGAUGAAGCAUCAAGUGAGCCCUGCCAAGCGCGCCAAGGUGUUCACCCGCAAAGACAGCUUCUCUCCACCAGCAAGCUUCCUGCAGUCGUCCUUGUCAGAUGCGUCCACGUGCGCCUCUUCCUUGUCAACGCCGGCAACCCCGCACCCAGACCAAGGCGAUGGCCACGUGUUUGUGCCAGUGGCGCCACAGCCCGUGGAUCCGCGCAAACUCGAUGCCGUCAUGGACACGCUGCAAGAAGAUGACCAAUGCAGCCCUUCAGACUGCACCGACGCCUACUUUUGCCUCGCCAACUACCUCGAGAAUGAUGUCGAAGACCGAUUGGUGCAGCACCUCCUCACCAAUCACAAAGACAUGUUCUUCGAGACGAUUCAGAACCACAUCCUGGCACAAGAUCGAUUCCUCACAGAAGCGGCGAUCAAAGUCCUCGCACUGCUCAUGCGGCACCCAGCCGUCAUCAGCGCGCUGUCUGUGGAAGUGCAGGGCCAGCUGCUGGGCGGUCUGGUGCGCGUGGUGCAAUCAGCCGUGACGGGUGCGCUCUCAGAUAAGCCAACGCAGUCUGAGGCAGAGAAACAGGAGGAGUUUAUUGCACACAAGAGCAGGUGCGCCGCGGCUGUGUGGUGCCUCUCCGUGCAACGCGUCAAGAAGCAAACGCUCGCGUCUCAGACGAGGGCAGAUGUUGCGACGUGCUUGCAGCAGGCCACGCGCUGCUUUUCGUCGUUCAGCAAAGAGCCAUCACCAACGCUCGAUGUGCUGCUUGUUCAGUGCACAGCGCACAUGAAGCACCAGCUCAGUGCCAGGUGGUUUCGCUCGAACCUCAUGACCAUCGCCGACAUCUGUCUGCCCCUCACCAUCAGCGUGUAUGAGCAGGUGCGACAGGAGGCCGAGUUGCUCUAUUUUGGGACAUUACGCAAUCUUCUCCUGCGCGCGUCCGGCGGGAAGAAAACGGCCGUCUUCAACCAAGUGGCCGAGGGCUUGGCAACCGUCAUGCUCCGCUCCAUGAAACAAUCAAGGCGAAACACAGCCAACACGCUCAAGCGAUGGAUGGAUCUGUUUGAGGUGUUUGGAAGCGUGUGGAGACGCAACGAAGCGAAGCACAGCGUGAACAAGCUGCUGCGUCCGCUGUCAUACGCGCAGGCGUUGACUGAGGGGCCUGAGACGCUCGUACGACCAUUCGUCUGGGCUGCCAUCGCCAGGUUGUUUGUCAGCCAGUCGUGCAAUGCGCAGCGGCUCCUUCGCAGCAAAAACAUUAAAUUGUUCGGCGCCAAACUCAUCAAGCAGACACACGUGCACCUCCCCACUGAGCACAUGCGCAUGAAGUUGUGGUGUUGUUUCACGUCCAUCCUGGGCCCUGAGCUGCGCGGCAAUCUUGAUGUUCCCGUGUCACUCCUUCAACACGCCAGAGACGUUCACGCUCAGAUGACAUCGUCUGAGUUUUCGCGCGUGGCUGCGAACGUGUUCCCGCUCCUGCUGUGGCUGACACGCACGUCACCCACGUUUUCGUCGCCAGAACAACAACAACAGCAGCAGCAGCAGCGGCAGCAACCCGUCUCGCUUGAAGCUGCUGUGACGUCGGUGUUGUCACUGCCUCCAGCUCCCACUCAAGAGAGUGUUCGUGUGCGCACAGCGCAUGACUUGGACACGGUCCCAAACAUGUACAAGGAGGCCCUCAACUCACCGGUUUCGCUUGACACCGCGCCGCCUUGUUCCCUCACAGCGCGCCAGGUUGCAGUGUGGUGCUGCGGACAUGCACCGCUGUUUUCGUGGUGGAUUGAUGUGGCCGCGGCACUGCCCAGCACGGCGACAAACACAACGACAAACACAACGACAAGUGGCACCAAUAGCGCAGUCACCAAAGCCACCUCAACGACAGAAGCGUCCACAGCAGCAGCUGUUACCUCGUUUCCCCUUUGGAUCACGCGUCUUGCUCGCAUCCUUCUUCGUGAUUACACUGAUGGCGCUGCGUCCGCGCGGGACCGCAUUGUGCAGAGCGUUGUGCGCGCGUGCGUCACGCACCCGCAGCCCAACCUGGCGUGCGUGAUUGCCAUUCUUCGCUUUGCCACAACGCAGGCACUGCUGUUUGGGCGGCGCGUGGAGAUACCGCCCGUCCCAGACAUGAUGGCAAGGAGGAAGGUGAAUGGGGCUGGCAAGAUAAGCGUUGGCGAUGCUGAUGAUGACAAUGGCAGGAGCCGUGAUGCCAUUGCCACCAACGACGACGACAACACCCACAACAUGAGCAACAACGACGACGACAAGAAUGGUAUCAGCGGGGUGAGUCCGUUGCAGCUUUUGCAGCAGGGUGAGCAGGAGGACAGUGGAGAUUCCAUGACACCGACCCAAGGGCCACCGGCAGCUGCUGUUGCUGCGAGCGUGAUUGCCAACACCUCAACAUCAGCAGCAGUGACCACGGCAGAGCAGUCAUCAGGCUCGGCAACAACACCAUCCCCCGCCUCGCUGGUUGAGCGAUGCGAGUCUGGCCCGCUGCUGGAAGGCGUCGUGUUUGCGCUGCUGCGGCAUUCCGAUUUUUGGCGCGCGUGCGAUGCCCUGGACGAAGACGAUUCAGACCUUCACCACAGCCACCACCAACAGCACCAACAUCAGGAACAGCACCAACAGCACAAUGCCUCUGCAGCUGCUAGCGGUGGUGAAGAUGUCGCCGUGUGUGCCGGUGGUGGUGAUGGUGAUGGCGGUGCAGCUGGUGAUGAUGGUGUAUGCAGCAAGAGGGAGAACACGAGCAAUCCUGGUGGUGAUGGUGGUAGGGUUGCGGCGAAUCAACAAGGUGGCAACAGCAGAGGCGAUGCUGACAACGAGUCACGGUGCCCACACGUGUGGGGACCUGACGGCUGUGAAACAAGCGCCGACGAUGUUUCCCUCACCCGGUCGAGUGCUGCAACACCACCAACAUCAGCAGUCACGACGACGACCACCACGACCAUCACGACGGCUGCCACCACGACGAUGACAACAACAACGGCUGCUGCAACAGCAGACGAACCCGUGGGCACGAUAUCACAGCGUGUCAAACAUGAGUUGAUUGCCGGUGCGUGGCGUCGGGCCCUGCGCGUGUGCUUCCACUCGAUCAACCCGCUCAUCUCCCUGCAGGAGCCCCUGCACCUGUUUGAACAGUUUGCACGGCAGCGCGUGCGUGCGGGUGCGUCGUGUGCGGUGUGGCCGUGGACAGAGGCAUUGCAGCAGCUGCACGCGUUUCUGUCGGAUGGGCGGCCCUGCUUCACCGGUGACGUGGACUGCGCAGACCUGACGAUUGUCACCAACGUGCUUGCGUUUCCGUUCACGACGGGCCUGCUGCUGCGGAUACCGCUGUCCCAGAGCAUGCUCCUGACGAAGUUGUGGUGUGCGGUGUACAAGCAAGCAGUGGCGUCCUGCGAGCAGGCGGGCGUGGACUGCAAUCUCUUGCAGGAGCAGGUCAUGCGCAGGAUGAAGGCGGCGGUGCUGGAAAGCAACCUGGCUGUGCAUGCAGCCGCGUUUGAGAUGUGCUGCGUGUGCGUGACGGCCGUUCUGAACGAAGCGCGCCCCACAGACAGGGUGGGCCCCAACGACGACGACGACGACGACGACGGCAAUGCUGACGACCUGGAGAGUGAUGACAUGGGGGCCAUGCGAGACCUCUUUCUCGUUGUGGAGCACCUGCUCUCCCUCGCGGAAUCUGUCUCCCGUGACCAGUGGGCGCGCGUGCCAUUGAGCCCACACUCGGACCGCCUUCUCAAAGCCCUGGGCUUGUACAUCCGACGUACAUCAGACUUGCUGGUGUUGCGCCAGCGGGCGUUUGCACAGACAAUUCGCGUGUUCUCUGGGGUGUUUGUGCGAUUUCUGCAGCGAGUGGGGCGUGUGCGGGAGUCACGCAAAGCCACGCUGCGCCAGAACCGCCGGCAUGCUGUGCGUGUAUCGCCAUCACGGUCACGAGUGACACGCUCGCCAGCUUUGCCGUUGCCCAGUGGAGCAAACACGACUGCUGCUGCAUCUGCGUCGCCAACAACCACACAGCAACCAUCCACCGCAACAGGAACAACAACAACAACAACAACAACAACAACGACAACGACAACGGUACCAUGCUCGCCCACGACCGCCAUCGCUGUUGAGGGGCAGGGCGACGUUCCUGUCAAACCACUGCCGCAUCGGUUCCAGUGCCGGGUGGUGGAUGUGUUUGCAGACAUUUGCAGUGCGCUAAGCAUGUGUGGCCAUGCGUCCAAGCACAGCCUUUCUCUGCUGCGGGCGGUGCUGCCCAUCCUUGAGGUUGCGCUGUGCCACCCGCACGACGGCGUGUACAAGAAGAGCGAGGUCAUGUGGGAAGCGUUUGCCACCGUCGUCUGCGUCGCCUUCACGGGCAUCAUCAUCGUCGUCGUCGUCAUCACCACCACCUCCGCUGUCAUCGCCAUCACAAUCGUCAGCGUCUGCGACCUCACCGUCACGUACCGCUUCCCCACCGCUGGCCAGCACGGUGACAGCAACGUCAGCAUCGCCAAGCCCAACAGCGCGGGGACCAGCGUUUACGUUCUCGUCGCCUCCUCGCAUCAGCCGCACCCGCAUUGGCACGGGCAGGGCUGUCGCUGCUGGUGCUGGUGCUGGCCGCGGUGGUGCUGCUGA